ACUUCAUCCGGAGUAGGUCGAGGAAGUCGCGUUAAUUCCAAGAAGAAUUUAGCAUCCAGCACAAUACCGUCUGUAUCUUCCUCUGAACCGUUUUCUCCUAGUCAAAGACCGAUUAACCAACCAUCAAAGAAACUCCAGUCGUGGAAUACCGGGUCCUCUGCAAAUGUAAAUUUCAAUUCCACUAUGAUAUUACCUACUCAGUCGAUGGGGAUUCCCAUGGCAAAUUCUGGAUUUAUUGGUAGUAUGGAUAGUCGAGAAUCUCCGGUUGCUUUUGCCACACAGUUAAAUAAUGGUAGUAUGGGCUUAAUUUCAGGUCCUCCAGUUAAUAAUAAUUUAAGCAUAUCUACAACUGGAAUGGCGUAUAAUGAAUCAUCAAACAGUUUAAGAUGCUCAAUCCAAUCACACAUAUUGCGUUUAACCAGUUUUCUCCUCGGCAGUCCUAUUGUUCCAGUCCAACGCCAUUAUAUGCAACAGCAACAAAUAUUCAGUUCCUAUACAUCAAGUAACUGUACGUCGUAA